GACCCCGGUACUGCCCCAGCCCUGGACCCCAGCCUCCCCUCAGGGACAACUGCUUGCCAGAGACACCUCUCCAGGGAGAGUCAUGGUGCUCUCCAGGGCAAAGCCUUCUGCAGCUGCCUCAGGCAUUUGGUGGCAUCUGAUGUGAACCCCCAGCUGGGGACACAUCCACGUGCUCUGCAUCCCGAGGACACCCAGAGACAACUGCUGGACAGCUGGGAGGAGAGGGGACUAUUUUGCCUGGCUUUAUGUACCUGGCCUGGAUGGAGCCUUCCUCCACUGCUCUGGAGAAGACAAAGGAACUCAUCAAGCACAGCCGGGAGAGGAUAGGAAACACCAUCAAGGCCUCCGGUUCCAGGCUCUGCUCCUAUGCUGAACGAGUUGCUUUUUUAAUGGAUCGUUCCCGAAGCCCAGACAAAAGCACCCAGCCUCCAACACCAACAGACAACAUCAACCUUGGACCUUCUGCUAACCCAAAUGCCAAGCCAACAGACUUUGACUUCCUGAAGGUUAUUGGCAAAGGAAGCUUUGGAAAAGUUCUCCUGGCCAAACGCAAAUGUGAUGGCACUUUUUAUGCUGUGAAAGUCUUGCACAAGAAAACCAUCCUAAAGAAAAAGGAGCAAAACCACAUCAUGGCAGAGCGCAACGUGCUCCUGAAAAAUGUCCAGCACCCCUUUCUUGUGGGACUCCAUUACUCCUUCCAAACCUCUGAGAAGCUUUACUUUGUGCUUGACUACGUAAACGGGGGAGAGCUCUUCUUCCACUUGCAAAGGGAGCGUUGCUUCCGUGAGCCCCGGGCCCGAUUCUAUGCUGCAGAAGUUGCCAGUGCAAUUGGGUACCUGCAUUCCUUAAACAUCAUCUACAGAGAUUUAAAACCUGAGAACAUCCUCCUGGAUUGCCAGGGACACGUAGUACUGACAGACUUUGGACUCUGCAAAGAAGGAAUGGAGCAAGAGGAGACAACUUCUACUUUUUGUGGCACUCCUGAGUACUUGGCUCCUGAGGUGCUAAAGAAGCAGCCAUAUGACAGGACAGUAGACUGGUGGUGCCUGGGAGCUGUUCUCUAUGAAAUGCUCUUUGGACUGCCUCCUUUUUACAGCCGGGAUGUGUCUCAGAUGUAUGACAACAUUCUGCACAAGCCACUCCAGAUUCAGGGAACCAAGACUGUGGCAGCUUGUGACAUCCUCCAGGGACUUCUUCACAAGGACCAGAAGAGGAGACUGGGUGCCAAGACAGAUUUUCUUGAGAUAAAGAGUCAUGUAUUCUUCAGCCCAAUAAACUGGGAUGACUUGUACCACAAGAGGAUUACUCCUCCAUUUAAUCCCAAUGUGGCUGGUCCAGCUGAUCUGAGACACUUUGACCCAGAGUUCACCCAAGAAGCCAUCUCUGCCUCCAUCACCCACACGCCUGACCUAGCAGCCAGCAGCUCCAGUGCCUCAGAUGCAUUUUUAGGCUUUUCCUAUGCACCAGCUGAAGAGGACAUCUAGGUUUUAUAGAGGCUUUGAGAAGCCAGGUUUUUAACUGAAUGUUUUUAUGUUGUGGUAAUUUUUUUUUGGUUGUG